AUCCUUCUUCUCCCGCUCACCGUGUCCAUGAGGUGGUUUCAGGGCACCUUUUUUCAUUCUGCGAUGGCCCUAGUCAGGACAGUGCGAGGUGACCAAGAGACGUUGAUAUCAUGAAAUAUGUCAUGAGUCGUUUGAAAUGCGACCUGAUCUGGUGAGGCCCCCGUGACCAUGGGCUCAAGCGACCCGUGUACAAUCCUGUGACUUUAAGUCAACAGGCUUUCCAAAACAUGGUGGAGUUCAGUUGAAGGGUUUGAUCGGCGGUAUUCUCAUCAUGUGUCUUGAAGGAGGAUGCAGGAUGGACCUGUUGAAGACUGACUUGGAUGGUAUCGUGGUCUGCAGUGAGGCUGAAGCUCCUGGUCUGAAGUGAUGAGGUAUCUUCCUGCAACAAGAAGCUAUCAUGGAGCUUGGUUGGAGGAAUUCCCACGAUGUGUCUUGUAGGAGGAAGCAGGAUGGGCCUUUUGAAGUCUUGUAGGAGGAAGCAGGAUGGGCCUUUUGAAGACUGACUUGCAUGGUAUCGUGGUCUGCAGUGAAGUUGAAGCUCCUGGUCUGAAGUGAGGUGUGUUCCUGCAACAGGAAGGUGUCCAUGAAGUUCACUGGAUUAACAGCUCUCUAAGACUAAUAAAAGUCUUCUUUGUGAGAGGACCAAGCGGCCAGGAGUGCUGUCAUGACGUCUGUGACCCAGCGGGUUUGGGGAUGGGUGCGCCCUACCCUGGUCUACCGGCCAUGGGGGGAUAAAGGUAGCCCCAAGAAGUGUGUGAUGGAUGACAGCAGCCCGAGGACCAGCUGGGGUUGGGGGGGUGUCUUGUCAUGGGUGUGGGGGGCGCCAAAAGAGAAGACUUACCACAAGGCACUGACAGAGGAGUACUGGGAGGCAGCAGAGGAUACAGUACAGCACAGGGAAGUGGAGGACUUGAGAGCCGGUUUUGGCACUCAUGAGUGUGACGGCAGACCCCCAGUGAAGAGUGCCUCACGGUGGUGGCACGCCAUGCUGCCCACCUCUUACCUGCCCUGGUCUAGGUUGGCCGCCUCCGAUGGAGUCUGGCAGCGUAAGGUGGCGGGGUGGGGAGAAAGCUCAUGGGACAAUGAUAAGGUGGACGGGGAUAUCUCAGACUAUGACACCCCACCCCCAUCCCCUACACCGUUCCAGAAGGCUUCGUCUUUUAGUGUUUUCUCACGGUCCUGGGAAGGGGAGAUCUUGCCGGAGCACUUUGACAUCUGCUUUAACUUCCUUCGACAUCUCUUCGAUCUGUGUGUAGUUGGCCUGCUCUGGGCGGUGUCCCUCCCCGCUCGUGUGUUCUUGGACGUUUUGGGGGUGCAGGGCGCCUUGAAACUCUGGCUGCACGGCAUGGCCAUGUUCUUCGUCUCCGCCGUUGGCAUGGCGUCACUCCUGUGGGUGGUCCAAGAAUUCUUGCCGCAGUUUGCGUUGGUGUACGGGAUCAUCCAGGGCCUGGUCAUCUCUGUCAGCGUACGCCAGAGUGUCAUCACUGGAGAGGGGGAGCAAAUGGAGGAGAAGAAAGGACAACAGGAGGAGGUGGAGGAGACGAGUGAGAAGAAACUGGAGGUCGAGACUGACAUGCAUAAACCAAGCAUGGAGGAAAGCAGCAGAAGAAAGAUUAAGACUAAGUUACUUUGAUUAGAGGCUGACUGGAUCCUGGUGCUUCUGCACGUGCUCCAUCCAGGGGCCUCAUUGCCUAGAGCUCUACACGACCUACACUCCACUUAACUUGGCGCACGUCACAAAGCCACUGCAGCUUUCUGCUCCGAGGAAAGGAUUGAGACUCUUCUUCAAUGUGACUUAAAGGAAAACCUCACACUAUUACCAGCUUUUUCCAUGUGUAUGUCUUUUGUCUAUUUUACUUGCCCUAGACGUUCGGUACAAGCUGUGAAUUGGAACAUCACACAUUUUGUUCACAUUAAAAUCUAUUCCAUUACUUAUGAGUAUUCAUGAAGCUUUUGGGUAGAUCAGCAGUUUUAGCAGGUUCACUUUAUAUAUCCAUUUAUAAGGAACUUUGGGUCAUAUGAAACUGGAAACUAGCAAGGAGUCCAGUUUACAUCCACAAUGGUGACAUAAUUUAAGUAUUCCAUAUAGCACAGAAAGCAUCUCUGUGAAAGGACACCUUUUAAAGAAGGGAAUUUUAUUUUUUUGUCUUACACUCAAAUGACUUGAGCUACAGCCUCCAGAUCUCUUCGCUACAGAACUCCCCUCUCAUCUUCUGGCAGUCUUCCCACCAGCCCUGCUGAUUGUUCAUUUAUGGAUCCUGCUGAUGCCCAGCACUCCGUUUGAUAUGUAUAAGCCCAUCUGCAUAUACAGGAGAAGAAUAGAACCACUGCCACAGUCUCUGCACGUGUCUUGUCCCACUAUUGCCUUGUGAUUUCGACACAUUUCAUGACCCGCCUGUCGGCCAGCGUGCAUAUGUUUUUGUCUCUAUUCCCCAAUUUUUGUUCCCCUUGGGGAGACGUUGAGUUAACCAUUGGACAACUUGGACGGAGGUAUAAUGGAUUUGAUGACCUUUUGAUAGACUGAUUUCAGUGCUCUUGUGUAGACAUAGAAGGCUGGGGUGUACUGCUGUAUUUUUGCUUCCAUCGGUAUGAAUUGUUUUUAUUUUGUGGGAAAGGUAUUUGGGGAUUUUGUCCUAAAUGUGUACUGUAUGUUUGUUCAUGUGCCAUAGGCUUAUUAUAUUUGCAUGUCCUAACAGUAAUAGCUAGACACACACACAAGAGUAACUAAGAUCUUUACAGCCUACUAAUAUUACACAUCAUUUUAUUUACAAAAACCUGUAAUAUAUCAACUAACUGACAUUUUUUAAAAGCAGGGUCUUUAUUCAGGUGGUAUGUUAAUUUCCAUUUGGAAUGGAAUGGCCUUACUGACUAAUGCAGUAGCCCAUUGUAUUGUUGCAUUUUUAUCAGUUUAUAUUUACCAUGAAGACAAGUUCAGUCAUUCAGUUAUUGUAUCACAUGUAUACAGUUACCACAUCUACCUAUAACCAGCACAAUAUCUUUUUUACUGUUUAUUUCUUGCACAUUUUUUGUUUUAAUAUAGCUUUUUUAUGUUAAUCUAACCUCUAUGCAUGUUUAAGGCUGUUGUAACUGUUUUGUGCGCACAGAACUAAGCUUUAAACUCUUUUCUAUAUGAAUCUCUUUUUUAAUCCUUGUAUUAUUGUAAUACUUUAAACACUGAAGUCUCUGGAAAAGACAAAAAAAAACUGCUUGUGUCCUCAUAUGCUUUUACCUUGUGGAUUUCUUAGGAAUGCAGAAUAACUGCUGAAAUGAAAUGCAAGAGGCAUACACAGAUGUGGUGACUCCGGAGAUGUGUUAACAUUUGUUUGUUUUGGGGGGAGGUUGAGAUUGUAGAGGUGGAUAGAGAGAGGAAGGUACAGAAAGAGGAGGUGAACGUAGAGGAGGGAAGCCGGUCAAGUUCCUCUCCUAGAUGUUAUGCUGUUCUGAGCCCAGUUGUGUUCUGGACCGAGUGUGAAUAAAGAUAAGCGUCACUCCAGUGUG